CCAAGGUCGUCUGUGCUCAAUUCUCACCUUCCCUCCUCUCACCUCUCAUCUGUCUUUGUCUUUUGCACCUUGCCAGCUGCAACCUUUGUCCAUCACCACCGUCACCACACAUUCACUUUAUUACACUUCACCAACCACUUUGCCAUCGAGGCACGACGUGUAUUUGGUCCUUUUCAACCCUUCACAAUCGCUUCUUUCUAUCCCGUCAACACGUCCUUGACUCGCCUCCUAGCUCUUGCACAAACCGUUUCCGUUCAGGGGCCAACCUUCGACUUUGAAACCUACCGACAUUCCUGCCUGGGAACGAGCGAACUUUCUCAAACAGUCCUGAUAUUCAAACAAAACCAUUCCAGCCUGGUUCUCAGCAUAGUCUAGCACCAUCCUCGCCUCUUUUGCACCAGCUUGGUCUUCGUCGCCUAUCAUUGGGAUCGAAACAACAUCGACUUCCAAAGGCAAAGCAGUGCAGGCCACUGCUUUGGACGGACAACAAAGACGCAUCAAGCAAUCACGCCGUUGGUCUUGCUUCACGCUCGUUCUUUCAGAAACAUACGGUGGUCAGGACCUCCAGCUGUCCAGAUUGUCGAUCCUGCCGACCUGCCAGUGACACGGCUCCUUGGACUCGCCCAAGACACGCAGCCCUUUCCAAAGCCACUGACACAAUUCCAUCAAUUGCUCUCUAGAACAACUAUACUCAAACCAUUCUACCAAUCAUGACAUUCUCAAUUCGACCCGCCGUCGCCUUCGCGUCGGCAGCCUUUCUGCUGGCUUCUUCAGUUCUCGCGCAAUCCCCAACAAAUGCUCCCAGAGCAAUUACCACUCUGGGUUGCUACGCCUCACCGGACCCUUUGGAAGAGUUUGGAGAUGCCACAUAUCAGUCAUCAGGCUACUGUCAAGUAAACUGCACUGGCCUCUCCCAGCCGGUGAUGGCCAUCACAGGAGGUUCCACCUGCUUCUGCGGCGAUGAGAUCCCCCCAAAAGAUCAGGAGGUUGACUCGAGCAACUGCGACAGUGUCUGUGGCGGCUAUGGCGAGCAAACAUGUGGUGGCCUGGGCUACUGGCAAGUUUACCUGACGGGCUUGACCGCCAACGUCCACACCGCGCCCAAUUCCACAUCAAGCACCGCAUCCUCACCAACUCCAGAGUCAACAUCAUCUGCACCGGCAGUUGUAACAAAAGCUGGAGAAACAGUGUUUGUGACCAACCCCCCAGAUGCUACCAAUGCAAGCAGUUCGGGUGGUGGACCGAACAAAGUCGGAAUCGCAGUGGGAGUAGUCGUUGGAGUCAUCGCCCUUGCUGGCAUCAUAGGAGCCGUCGUCUUCAUCGUCAAAAGGAAGAGAAACCGUGAGAUCGAAGAGGAGCACCGCCGAAACGCUGCUGUGAGUGCAUUUGUUGGUGGCAAGUCGGAUAAAUCGUCAACCGACCAACGCCUGGACCCUUCAAUCUUCUCAAAUGAUUCCCUCGGCCGUCAAAGUAUUGGCAGCAUUGCGGAUGAGCGAGACUUCUCACGGAGGAUAUUGCAGGUUCGAAACCCAGACCGAGACUCAAGAUCGUCUGCCAUGGCAUAAGAGGCCGCUUGUUAAUUGCAACAUUACGAUCCUGAACAAGUCAAUAGUGACGGAAGAUCAAUACUGUGAUCUCGGCCUGGUUCUCUUCAUUCACCAAUUCCUUUCUCCUUCCGGUCCCGCAAUGACCCUCUCGCACUGCAUGCGUGCGUACGCCUCCGAUUUGACGACGAUGCUCCACUGGUCCCCAGUAGUCCCCAUCUCUUAUUGUUUUGAUAUAGACCCACGCUCCUUGUUGGCCGUGGCAGUCGGCAUAGCUCUGGCGUUGGUGGUUCUCGUUAUUGAGUGAAAGGAUUUAUUGACCGCGGCUUUCCGAGGUGGCGACGGCAGGGCACGAACGAGACUCGAUAGAAAGCAUGGGAAACCCGGGAGCAAGGAAAGGCUUCGUUGGCAGCCAACAGUGCGUGGUGGCAUCACAGCCGAGAAAGAGGAGGCAUCAAAGCCCACACGGGAUAUUUAGGCAACAAGCGAAGAGACAAGACAUCAUAUUUCCACGAUUAUUAUCUGGAGAAGACGGAUACGGCGAAAUGGGCGGUACCGGGUUCGAGUGUUGGUCUGGAACCCGGAUGCCAGGGACGACGCAUUGAGUCCCGGGGCCUUGGAAUGCUUAGAAACACCCAGCUCGCCGUUCUGCGAAUGUCUCGAAUCAUGGAUUACGUGGUAGAAGCUCACCCGCCAGAGCCGGUGGACGCGGGGCCUUCGGCUCAAGCAUGUUGGAUGUCUGGCUGGAAGCAGGGGACUACACAUAAGGCCACUGGCCCUUGUCGAGACUGUUCCAUGCCACAAUCGUAGCAUGCUGACGACUUCGGCAUCCCAGUCUGUCCUUGUAUGCCUCAUAGGUAGAUAUUUGUAUCAAUAGUUUUCUCAUCAG